GCAAACCAAACCAAAAUCAGAGACACAAUCUAUCCUGGCAGGAUCCAGACGGUCCCCGGUCUCUAAUCUCAGCAGCGAGGCACGGCCCCCAUCUUCCAGUGGCGCGGCAACUUUCCUGAUGCUCUCGCACAUGUCGAGCUUGUCCUGCACCGACGGCUAUCGCUAUGUCGCACGGUAGAUCUCUGGCGCUCAGCCAGAAUUCCUUUGUCAAGCCGCCCGACCUCGGAGACGAGCCGGAGGAUGACCGACAGGAUGAGGCGGAGGUGACCAAACAGCGACGAUUGGCAACAGUUUACGAUGCCGUAGCAGGCCGGAUUAACGCGCAUGGUUUUCUACCCGCCGUGCCGUAUGCCUCCAAGAACCGCGACACAGCCUCGUCGAGCAGGCGUUCGGUUCGCCCUGAAGAGGUGCUUUUCCGUCGGCAGAAUGCGCCCAUUCGCUACGAGGAAAACGACUUCUAUUUCGCCCAUGAAUCCCUCCCAGCCGACCGUCAGCUUCCCUCGUCCGAGUUGCUAGAAGCUGUACAUGCCUACUCGGCCGAUUUCUACGAUCACGCGACCAUUGACCGCGGCCAGGACGACCACCACAGUAUGGACGAAACCGCAUUAAUCGCAAUGGGGAUACUGUUGGAGGAGAUGGCCAAAGAGUCGCUGGGUGAGACGGGCGACCUGGUCUUCGUCGAAGGGGAGGAAAUUUCUACCGACGAGGAUCGGCUGCCUUCGCAAUCGGGCCGGCGCGUAGGUCGCAAACGGGCGAAUACACAGAAUAGUAUGAUGGCCAGCUCUGGUGACGAGAUAAAGGCUCCCUUAAAGCGACAGAAGAAGCGCAAAUUGGCUCGGAAGGCUUGGACGAGUGAUAUGGACACCGAGCUUGAUGACCUACUAUGAGGUCUGAGGUUGUGAUCGAACCGACCUCUCCCCCCUUCCUGCUGAUUGGAGGUUCGUCAGCGGCGAGGCAACUCAGCAUACUUGAGGGGGCAUUCUACUUGGUUAAGGAAGCCUAUACUGCCAGCCAAUUCGAGCUAAGAUACACUGCAUAUACCGCGUGGCGCAUCCCCACCGCCGAAUGCACCCUGUCCUUGCGUUCAAGGCCUAGACGGUAUGCAGGGUCAAGCCCCAGGUCAUGU